AUGGCGAAUGGUGAUGAUGGUGGAAAUCCCUCCUCCCAUGCUGCGAGGAAUAUGCUGCGGAAGCAAGCGCUGAUCAAUCUGACAUUCUCAGUCCCCAAAAAUCGCAAGCCCAAAUUCGAUCUCACCCUGCGCAUCAUCGAUUUGACCAAUAUCCCCUUGAUCUACGGAACUGUCUGUGUGAGAUGGCACCUCUCCUCCUCCAACGCCGCAGAGCACCGCGGACGCACCGACAAGGCCCCGAUCGAAGAACACAAGGCGACAUGGGACUACUGCAAGGAAAUACCGGUGCGAAUGACCAUCGACAAGACGGGCAUGCUCCAGGAAUGCGACAUCCACUUUGAGGUCCUACAAGAGUUUCAUGAAGGCGGAAGAGGUGGUCGUGUACAUUUGGGUAAUGUGAAACUCAACCUGGCGGAAUACACUCGACUGUCCGACCUCCCGCUGGCGGAUCGCGAUCCCCAGGAUGACGCCGACGACGGGAGCAUUACAAGGAGAUACCUCCUACAAGACAGCAAGGUCAACAGCACGCUGAAGAUCGGGAUCAGAAUGAGACAGACGGAGGGCGACUCGAAUUUCAUCGCACCUCCACUGAGAUCGGCGAUGGUGGUCGGAGGCAUCGCGGGAGUUUUGACGACGGAGGUCGGGGAAGGCGACGACAUCCCAAGCAUCACCAGCAAGACGAGAGAAUUGUCAGAAGCCCAGGACAUUUAUCGAAGAACACUGGCAGCGACGUGGGCUUGUCAAGCCGGAGAACUGCCUCCGGAUAAGUUAAUCGAGAAUCUGUUUGCUGGGGGAAACGGCGGAGGACGGCCGCACUCGUCGAGCAGUAAGGCCAGCAACCAACAACAGCAACAACAAUCACCGCAGCAACAGCUGCAACAGUCUCCCCGAUUUGGUUCACGCGAAGAGAACGGUAGUAGUUCAAGCGAUGAACACAGACGACCGGUCACUCCGCGGCAACUCUUGACACCCCAGGCAGCGGCUGGUGCCCAUGGGCACAGCCACAGCCACCGGCGCGGCUCCAGUCGAGAUUCUGCUACCUUGCAGACAGCUGCCGCCGGCGCCGUUAGUGGCCGAUCGAGCAUCGAGCAGCAGGUCCACGCCAGCCAACAGGAUCAUCGCCGGCGUGAGCGCACCGAGUAUCACGAGCUUACCGAAUUUGAUCUCAGAGACGAUUUACGGAGCUGGCAAGUCCGAGUAAGAUGA